GAGGUGCAUUGUGGGAAACUCCCAAGUUUCCCCCCCACCUCUGCCUGUCUCCCUCCCUCCUCUCUGCGCAAGAGCCAGCUCCCAAGGUGUGACUCGUCCGGCCGGAGGACAGAGGUGCUGUACCAUGUCCAGGUAGGACACUGCCAGCAGAACAAGCAUCCCAAGACCACCGCUCCCAGGCCUUGAGCUCGGGUGGCUCCUCUGCUUCCUGCAGCAGCCGGGCAAGGGAGAAGAGCUGGGAUAGCCCCGCGUAUCCAGUCGCUGCCCAGAGCACCCCAGGAUGGAUUCCAAAGGCAACGUCCGAAGCGGAAACAAACCCGACGCCAAGGCCGCCAGCUCCGGGAAGCCGGAAAAACCCAACCCUGGGCCUGCCACGAAUGCAGACAAGAAGGAGGCCCCCAAAGAGCAGCCUGCUCCUGCCACGGCCACCAAGAAGGCGGGCGGUGAUGCCAUCGCCAACAACCACAGCAACCUGAAACCCAGCCCCGCCGCCACGGAGACGCAGGAGGCCGGCGGCCAGUCCCCUGACUCUGACCACAAGGGAAACAGCUCCGAGGAGUCACCGGGCAGCUUCUUCGACAACAUGAAGCCCUUGAUCAUCGUCGGAGGAGUGGCGGUGGCUGCACUGGCUGUGAUUGUGGGAGUGGCAUUCCUAGCCCGGAAAAAAUGAAGACCGAGACGGGGUGGGGAUGAGGAACCCAGCCCAGCUGUACAGCUUCUUUUGAGACAAAUGCAUGCAGAGAAAUUCUAUACAUAGCUAUAUAUAUAGAGAGUGAGCUAGAUAGGUCAACAACAAACACCAACUGCAACUCCAGGGUCUUGGUCAAGACAACUGUGCCAGUCUGACCCGCUGUGGGUAACUCCAUGCACUCAGUGUGUUCUUUCAUGUAAUAUAUCUUGGCUUAUACCGCUGUGUAUAGAUUACAGCUUCUCCUGAUCGGUGUAAAUGACGGUGUCCCCUCCCCUCCCCUGCUGUCCUCCCUGGGAGACACCCCCCUUCCCCCUUGCAGUCCCGUUUCCAAGUCCAAAGUGUUCUACGUCCCAUUCGGAGUCCCGGUUUGUGUUUUGGUUUCUGUUUGGUUCUGUUUUAACUUGGGCUGUGGUAAAGAAGAUGGAAGGGGAGUGCUAAGGCCCAGCUCGCCUGUCCCGCUGAGCUGGGGGUGUUUUUCCAGCCCCCCAGGUCAAGGGAAGCACAGUGGCAGGGAAGAGGCAGCUCCCUGACGCAGCAGCCACUGGUGAUCCCUAAUCCUUGUCUGUGUAUCUGCUGCUCACCAUCCCACCUUGGAACACCUGCCUGGGAAGUGCUCUGGAGGAACCAGGGUGGCUGCAGAGCCGAGUGUGAGCCUGGGAUGUCACAUUAGGUCACUCUUCUGGCUGAGCAGCCAGCGGGACAGUGACCAGAGGGGCUGUGCUGUGGCCUGGAGAAGUCCCAUUGCAGCCCUCAGGAUCCCAGGGCUCGCCAGAGUCAUGUGGGCAGCGUUUGGGAUAGAGAGACUUUGUUUUGGAUCUAGUAUUUCAUAAAGUUAGGCUGGGCUUUGCAGGGUGCUGUGGCCUCAAUCCAAGCUCCCUCGAGGCUGGCUGGACUAUUUGUGUUCAUUUUUUUGGCUUUGGAUAAGGCCUUUCACUGGAUUUUUUUCCCCCACUGAAGGCUGUGGUCUCAGCACAUGGGAAAACAGGAAAAGGGGGAGACAUGAGCUGGUGUUAGGGGCAGAGAGAACCUGGGACCCCAGGAGAGUGACACUGACCUACCUGCUUUAUACCAGGGAAACCCCUUUCAAGGGCACUGGAGUUUGUCCUGGGUAGGUUUCUUACUUCCCUCUUGUGACAGUGGUAGCAGGGAUUUGUAACUCGUGCACACGUUGGAAAUUGAAACAAAUUCCCAGCCCUUGGGAGCAGCCUGAUUUCAUGGGUGAGUACCUUGGCUCUAAAGCCAGACCUUGUGAGGGGGAGGAGAGAGGGUGUUUAGUGCUUUGGCUGAUGCUUAUCACUAAACAGGAAGAGGUGAGGAGAUCUGCCUCUGAAAGCUUCCAUUAGGCUUCUCUUGGCUGCUGCAAAACAGAGUGUUGUAAAUACCCCUUUACAUUUGGGUUUAAAUUGGGUCAGAGAUUAGAUGAGGUCCAAUGGGAGCUCGGCAGCAGCCACAGCCCAUGGGCAGGGGCAGGAGUGAUGAGUAGAAAGAGGCUGUGACACAGUGGGGUGAGUUCUGCUACAGAGCCCAUUGUGCACCUUUAACUGAGAUGGAUGCAUGGAUGAAUUCAGGGGCUGCAGGGAUAGAGGGAGGUGUGCAUUCCUCAGGUGCUGCCUAGGCAGUGUCUGCCUCUGGCACAGUCCCUGGAUGGGACAGUGAGGGGGCAUAACCUGACCUGGCAAUUCUUCUCCUGUCUGUCUUAUUUACCUCCAAAUCUGACCUGCUGAACGCACAUGGUCUUGGAAUGCAUGGCUACUCCUAUGGUGAGCUCAGAAAAUAUUCCCAAAGGUGUAUGGCCUUAGGGAAUAUCAGACACCGUGUCCUGGUGCAGUUGGAGGUUGAUGCCUCCACCUUUGCCAGCACAGAGACUGGAACAGGAGUGUUGGGCCCACGGGAGUUUUGGGAAGCAGGGCUACAGCUCCAGGUGAGAUCCUGGUAGCCUGAAGCACUCUUGGCAUGAGCUGUGGAUGUGUCUCCCUGCAGCAGUGUGUCACUUACAGCCUGGGGAAGGGUUAGAAGCAGAAGGGUCCUCCUCUCCCCUCAGAUUUCUGCAGCACAACUUCACAGGGAAAUUUUCACAGGGAGUUUUGCUUACAUUGCUCAGAAGGAAGGGAAAUCGGCCCCUCCUGUUCUGGUUCAUAUUUUGCCAAGUAGGGUAGUGAUUUUCAGGCAGUGACUUCUGUUUUCAAGAGAGGUUUCUACCUUUCCUGUCCCCUCCCUCCCUCUCAGCUCUGGCCUAGGAUUGUUUUUAGCAGUGUGUGACGUUAGGCGCAGCAUCUAUCUGUUCUGCCCUGACCACAGAUCAGGGCGUAGAUAGAUCGGGGGAGGAAAGUGAAGCACCUGCUUCGCUCAAGUCUCCAGUUUUACUUUCUAAAAUGUUUUAAUUUCCUUGUCUUCACCUUUGGCAACAGAAGAGGGGAAAAACAGUUCUCAGCCAAUGGCCUUAACCUUUUCUCCAUCUCCAAAUCCUGCCUGCCCUUAGAGCACUUGGAUGCAAGGCCACCAAUUUCAUCCAGAAAUGCCACAGAGGUGGUAAUGGGGCUGCAGCUCCUCAUCAGGGUACGUCACUCAUCCGAGCCCUCCCUGCACGGCAAACCUGGUAUGUCCUGUUUGAAAGGGAUUUUUGAAUGUGAUCUGUCCUGUUCCCAAGGGAUUUCCCACUUCCUGUGGCCACUUACCAGUCUGCUGUCCAGGUUCAGCACCUGGAACCCACCUCUUUGGCAGUCUGGUUUGGAAAACACCUGUCUGUGUCUGUGUGUGUGUACAAACCUUUGUGUUGUAUUGCUGCAGUCUGGGAGGGGGAGAGAAUCCAAGCUGGAGAUGCCCCUUCCUUUGCUCCCUGCAUUCACACCAAGUGUCUGUGAUGUCUUUUCUGUGCCAUUCCCACCACGCCAUGCAGCUCCUGAGUUCCUUUCCAGUCCCGGUUUCUCCUCAGUGCAAGGAAUGUCUGGCUGGUGAAGUGCUGAGUGUGUGGUGUGCUCUGAGCCCCGAGCCCCUGCUCCCACCCUGGGUAGUUGUGUGGGCUAUUUGCUUUAAAAUGAGGCACUCUUAGACUAUCCUGGACUGUGCUGUAGCGCUUUUCCAAGCGUGGGUCUAGUGUCAGCGCCGCAGCCCUGACUUGCAAACACCUCCUGUCCUGCCUUACCGUGCCAGGCUGUGCAGUGCUUUUGUUCUGAGCCAAAAAAUGUCCAGCGAGCACCAGGCCGAGGGAGCAGAUCCCCCUCUCUCAGCCCCAAAUCUGUCGAAGCAGAAGGCUGAAAUGACUGACCUCGCUGUGCUAAAUAAAUAGUUGUCUUUUCUCGUACUGAGCACACGCCGUUAUUUGCUUGAUGUCCUUCUUUGUGUGGUUUUUGUGGUAUGAAGUCCUUCCAGUGACAUCUCCGUGGGGAGAGUGAAUCGACACUUAAAACUAAUCAGUCUGUGCUUGGGGUUUGAAGAGAUCUAGAUUGCUAGUUUACUCUUUUGAUCAAGUAGAUAAAUUAAAUAUUGGCAAAACUAAUUUCAGACCUUUCAGCUUAUCGCCAAAACUCUUGAUUGAAUCACUGCACCCAAUCUCAAUCUCUUUUUAGGGAACCAUAAAUUUUAGUUGAAUAUAAAGAUGUCAUUUUGCUGUCUUGGACAACUCAGUAGAAGGUUUUUGCUGCUUCUAUUUUAAGAGAGAUGAAAUGGAUUAUGCUUCUGCUUCCUCUUCCUACUGAUUUAAUACCCUGUAGAUAAGUCCUGUUAUUCCUAACAGUGCUGCAGCAGGAUUGAAAACAAAUCUGGCAGCCAGGGGAUAAUGCAGCAGCAUUUUUGGGAGGGUAAGAACACAUUCCUGCAGGUGCUGUUUGCCUGGGAUUCACAGCACUCAACAGUCACUUGCCCUGAAGCAUUUCUUAGUUCCCUCUAAGAAAUUGGUGAUAAAUUAAACAUCCAUUUGUGUCUCUGAUGGACUAAAGUUUGAAGGCUGAUCCACAGAAUACUGACAACAAGGGGAAUUUUUCCAUUGGCUUCACCAUGCUCUGGCUUUAGAGUUCUUGUUGGCACCAGGGAUAUGAUCACAGGUCAUCAUAAAAUCAUCUCAUUUACACAAUCAUUUUUAAAUUGACACAAACAUUUUUUAGGCUCAGCAUGAGGGAAUCUCUUCUCUGAGGCAGCUCUGCUUAUACUGGCAUCAGGAUUUGUAUAUGAACAACAGCAGUGCAACCAAAAACCCCUGGAGCUGGUGAGAAAUUAUUUAUGCCUUAAAAUAUUCUCGACUUUUCCUGGAAAUGCUACUGGGGUUUAGAAUUCAGCAGCCUUCUAUCUAUUCUUAGAAUUGGUUGAAAAUAACAGUACUGGAGAUUGGAGAGAAAAAACGAUUCUUUGAGAAAUACACCAAAAAAGGAAGGCAAUGAAAAAAUAUGUUUGAAAGGUGAAAUUCCUGGAAUUUCAAUCAGACCCAUGGAAAGCUUCAAGUCCAUGAAGAUUCUGAGAGGGUGCAAGGAACAGGGCAGAGAAGUGGAGAGAAAAAGUACUAUUUAAUUAUCUUAAUAGCUUUGGUAAGGACAUGCUAACUUUUAUAUCCUCUUCCUCCUUUUUUUUUCCUCAGAAAAAGGCAAAAAUGACGAGCUCUCGUGCCAUGUAAAUUAACCUCUGCUAGUUGCCUUUUCCAGAUGAAUUCCUGCUGGCUCUGUGCAAUGUUAAAGGGUUAGAAGGAUACCUGAGGUUUUCUACAACCAACUUUGCAUGAUUAAGGGGCUUGCCAGGAUUUUAGGAGGGGCUGUGCUCUUUUUCCACGUGUUUUGCUAUGACAAGGACUGGAAAUGCAGCUUGCUCACACUUCCAUCCUCCUGGUGCAUCCUUCAUGCUGGAGCAGGAAUGCUGAUUCCCUUCCCAGGUCUUGCUGUGGUGUCAUUCCCUUCACCAAGAACUGGGAGAGGUCUGUAGGAACAGGAAGCAGCAUCACAUCACGUUCAUGAGCUGGCUGCAGUUCUGCUGCACAGGUUGGGCAUUUCCUGCCACGAAGAGGAAUUGGCUUUGAUCUGGAGCACAACAGUUCUGUAUUCCAGUAAAUUCUCAUUGCAGGACGUUGGAAUUGGGAAUAUAUCCUGCUAUUUACACUGGAGGUAUUUGGUCCUUUACUCUUUGGGGGAGAAAUCUGCUGAUGCUGAGGAUCUGUUGGGACAUUUUGGUCUUAUGAGUGAUGCUCUACUGGCAGCCCCAAAAAGCCUUGGAACCUGUGUCCCCAUCCAGCAACCCUUGGGGGAUUUAAUCCAUGGAAUAAAGUGGGUUUAUGGUGACUUUUUCCUCUUACUUUUGAGACUGUGAGUCCAGCCCUGUAACCUGCUUUCCUUUUAAAUUCCAUAAUUCCUGGGAUGUUUGUUCACACCAGAUCUUCAGCUGCUACAAACUACAGGGUUCCAUUGGUUUCUGAUCUGAUUAAUUCCUCCUUCUUUCCUCCUUCUUUGGCCACUGAGCUGUAUUCCCUUUCCUUUCCCUACUUUCUUCCUGGGUAGCUCUGCAGAUGUGGCCUCUACCCAUAGCCCAAGGCUGGGGCAGAUUUCGGGUUGGCUAAGGCAGGUUUUGGGUGGUCCCCCAAAAAUACAGGCAGUGCUGGGCCCCCAGAUUGUGUGUCACAGCAGGGAAUGUGUGAAGCUUUGUUCUGCCCUCACCUUUGAGGGUCUAAGUCUGCAAGAGGCUGAGUGCUCAUCUGCUACAGGAUUUGUCAGGGAUCACAAAUCCCCAGGAAGGUCCUGUUCUUGUCCUUCCCUGUCAGUCAGAUAGAGAACAGUAGGACUUCCGGGCCUCUAAAACUCACAUUUCAUUCGAUUGACUGUAAUAGGCCUCAAAAUCUUGUGAGAGAUCAGAGCUUUUGGCUUUCCAAAUUCAUGAGUUUGGAUCUACCUUGUGCUAAGGCUCUGCUCCCUCUUCUGGACAGUGUGCGCUUGGAUAUGCAGUACCCUGGGACUCGUGCCCUCUGCUCUUUGAUGCUCUUCAAAUUAAAUAGAUUUUUUUUAUGCUGAAAAGCAUAACUUGGGUUAAGUAGGCUUUGGACUGGCUGUUCCCAUUUCCCUUUUGCUUGUUCCCAGCUUGCAAUUCUCAAACAGUUCCAUCACCUUUCCAUUUCUCAGCCCCAGUGCAGCAUCCCAAGCAUGAAUGUACAGGUUCUUUCUGUCUGUGUGAUGAUGCUGCAGCACCAAAGCUCCCACCAGGACAAGAGGAAUCUUUAAUCACCUUUCCAACAGUCAAGUGCUACAUCGUAUCCCUGGUUUUGCCAUGGCUGCUUCAAGUAGCCAAGCUUCUGAGGCAAGCUGAUGAGAACAAGGGUGCCACACAAUUUUGUUUGGUUAAAAACCAACCAACCAACAAGGGAAUAAUUUGGCUUUACUGAGUUUUGAGCAGCCCUUCAUAACCCUGGUGCCUUUUCCCAGGACUGUUUCAACUGAAGCCUUUAAAAGUUUCAGUUUCACCUCCCCAGGAAACCAACUCUCUUCCAGUGGUAGGUGCAAGUUGGCUGUAAGUUUGUGGAGGAGCUAAAAUUCCUCCACAAGGAGAAAGGGAACUCGAAGGUCAGAUUACAGGGGAUUUUUAUUUUGUUUUUGGUUUGUUUGGAUUCUGUUACUUCUCCAGGGACUGAUCCAAAGCCCUUGGAAGUCAGACUGAAAUGCCUGCUGUUCCUUUGGAAGCCUCAGGCACAUUUCCAACGACAUCAGUGGGUUUUGAGUCAGCUCCUGAGUGUGCUUUCCAAUUUCCAAAUGACAGGAAUUUUCCAAGUGACACCUUGAUUUCUUCCCUGUACAACCAGACCUGCUUGUCACUUACACGUCUUUACCUGUGUUCAACAUACAGGUUUGGGGUAUUUUUUUUUGCUCUCAGAAACAAUAUGCUGCUAGACACAUUUCCUGGAGGGAAAUGGACACCUACCUACACACAAAGCUAUCCAGCUAAUUUAUACCUUGUUGAAUUUAUAAUCUUGUCUAUGCUUCUAUGGACACUUUGUAUGGGCUGCAGCUCAAAUCCUAAAAUAGUCAAGAAUUUUUUCCUUUCCCAUAUAGUAUUCUAUUUACUUUGACUUUGAAAACAAAAAAAGCGUAUAAAUGCAAUAAUGCAGGUAGACUAGAAAUACUAGAUUGAAAAUUUAAAGUAGUUUAGCUUGUCCCAUUGUGACUGACAGUGUUGUACGACACCCAACGCUGUACCCUGACAUUUUCCAGGCUUUCUCCGUAGCUGAAUCUAGUAUUAGCUUUGGAAACCCAUUGUGUGAGUGGUGGGUGGAUGGGUCGGAAUCGUGUGCUCUCUACACACUGUAUGUUACUCACAUCACAAGCUGUAUGGCCACUCCAUAUGCUGUGAAACUGUAAAUGAUUCCCAAAUACACCUGUAACUCUUACCAGGAUUGUGAGAAAUAAACUAUAUAUAGAUAUAUAUACACACA